AAACACACCCCAGUUUGCCUACAGCGUCACAGUGUAACAGACUGGUUUAAGGUCUUUUUAACUACACAAGUGUUUAGUGUUUUCAUUUUAAUUGAGCUAUCUAGUUCUAUAGCUCUAAAAACACAGGAAAAUACUUUUAGGGGGUAAAAUGUCUUUUAGCGAUCAGAAGCAGAUGGAUGAUGAGAGUGGCAGUCUUAAAAAGAGCAACAAGAAGCAAAAGAAAGAAAAUGCCUGGAGACCAGAGGGACCCAGAGACCCAUUUGCCAUGCUGGACGCUCUGCCAGAGAAGAAACAGCAGGAGAUCCAGAAAGCCCUUCAUCUCUUCUCUCUGGGCCAAUGUCUGCCCAAGACCCUGCAAGAGGCCAAAAGGCACACCUACCACUUUUGGGACACACAACCUGUCCCCAAACUGGGUGACAGCAUUACAACUCAUGGUCCAAUAGCAGAGGGGGAAACCAGUGUUCGAAAGGAGCCCUACUCACUACCUCCAGGUUUCUGCUGGGAUUCUCUUGACCUGAGCAACUCUCUGGUGUUGCGAGAGCUGUGUGGUCUACUAAAUAAGAACUACAUGGAAGACGACGACAACACUAUCAGAUUUGACUUCUCUCUGGAGUAUCUGCAAUGGGCUCUACAGUCCCCAAACGGCCUUCUCCAGUGGCUCUUGGCUGUGAGAGUAGACAGCAAUAAGAAGCUGGUCGGCUUCAUUGCUGCCGUUCCUGCAGGGAUUCGCAUUUAUGAGACGAUGAAGCAGCUGGUGCAAGUGAAAUUCCUCUGUGUUCAUAAGAAGCUGCGUCUUAAACGGAUGGCUCCAGUUCUGAUCAGGGAGCUCACGAGGCGGGUCAACCAGCAGGGGCUGCACCAGGCUGUGUACACAGCUGGGACAGUGCUUCCCACUCCACUGAGCUCCUGCAGUCUGUGGCAUCGACCUUUGAAUCCCCGUAAGCUAAUGGAGGUCAACUUCCCGGGUCUAAGGCAGAAAAUGAGUCUUCAGCAAGCCAUCAAGUUCUACUGUUUACCUGAGGUUCCAAAAGUACAAGGUCUGCGCCCUAUGAUCAAAGAAGAUGCUCCAGGGAUCCACUCACUGCUCCAGAAAAAUCUCAGCAAGUUUCACCUCAGCCCCCUCUUAUCUCUGCAGGAAGUAGAGCACUGGUUCUUACCAAGGGAGAAUGUGAAUGACACCUACGUGGUGGAGGGAGAUGACGGCACGUUGACAGAUGUGGUGAGUUUCUACGGCGUCUCCCAGAGAGUUCUGAAUCACCCUGUCCACACUGGUCUCAGAGCAGCUUAUCUUCUCUGCAUUACUUCUGCUGCCACAGAGCUGGCUGAGCUCAUGAAGGACACGUUGAUACUGGCUAAAUCUAAAGGCUUUGACGUUUUAUGUGCACUGGAUGUGAUGGACAACACAAGUUUCCUGGAGAAGCUCAAGUUCACUAUCAGUGACAAGAGAGUUCAUUACUACUUGUACAACUGGACGUGUCCUCUCAUGAGCCCCGACAAGAUUGGCCUGGUGUUACCCAACUAACCUGAUGGGGAAAGACACGGAUCAGCGCCACUGCAAGAAUCACAGCUUUCUACAUGCAAUUAGUUAAAAAAAGGCUUGGAUGGCAAAAUACACUCAGACACAAUAAGAACAAAAUAAAGAACAUCUUGUGUUUCUAAAAGAAAUGACCUUGUUGACCUUUAUUGUCUUAAGUGUUUUUAUUACAGAAAGGUAUUAAUUCUCACACAAUGUUUUGUAAAAAGUGCACUGUACUUUUUGGGUUUAUGUGUAUGGGUGAUGGUAUAUUUGUGCAAUUCCUUAAAAAAAGACCUGACCUGUGACUAAUUUCGUAGUCUUGCAUACUUAUGCAAUACAAGUGCUGUGUGCAUGCAGAAUUUUUAUUUUCAUUCAUUUAGUUUUUAUUUGUAUUCAUUUAUUUAUGUGCUAAGUGUAAAUGCAACCAUAUAAAAACCAUCAAGACAUCAGUUUAGGGUAAGGUGCUUGUUGUAGUUGUAAAUAACACUUGCAUACAUGCUGAAAAGGCCGUUAACAUGUAACUCCAUUAUAUUCACAAUAGCUCUAUGCUCUCUAGGGUUCUAAACAGGCAAAAACAUAAAUAUUUUUUUUCACUUUCACUUACACUUUGUGUACCAAAUUGUGCUGAUUUGAACAGCAGGGUGUGCUAUUGUAUUACUUGGUGCGAUGGUCUGUUCCUUGAUCAGAGGAUUUCUUAAUAAUUUCCACAAAGUAAGUUUGCAGUAGUUAGAUAGAUACAACCCUAGAUUUACAACAAGUUAAUACAGAUUACAUAAACGUGUGUGAUUUAUGAGGUGAAGUAUAGCCAUGAUUGAAAUUUGAAAUUGCACAUUUCGUGUAAUUAAUAAACAAAAAUAAAACAUUUUAAAAACA